UCUGCUGCGCACCAUCACUGAUAUAGACAUGACAGGUGGGGUGAGGCCGGUUUGUUUACCCAGACCCAGUGAGUCCUUUCCUUCUGGAGCGGCCUGCUGGAUCACAGGAUGGGGAUACAUUCAUGAAGGAGGUUUUGUGACAGACGAGCUGCGGCAGGCUCAGGUCAGGUUAAUCUCUCAGUCAGAUUGCUCCCGCUCCAGUGUUUAUGGCUCAUCUCUAACACCUCAAAUGAUGUGUGCUGGAUCCUUGGAUGGAGGAGUGGACUCCUGUCAGGGCGACAGUGGUGGCCCCUUGGUUUGUCAAACGGCCAAUGGGGACUGGAGGCUGGCCGGCGUGGUGAGCUGGGGAAAGGGCUGUGGCCGACCCAAUAAACCUGGCGUCUACAGCAGAGUGACCAAACUAAUCCACUGGGUCCAAAGAUACACAGAGGACAACCCAGAAGAACUGCAGAAGACCACCACAGCCAUGACUGAUACCUCACUAUGACCUGAAACUUAAUAAACACUAAAGAAAC